AUGGCCGCCGAGGCUCCCCCUACCUUCAAGCUCGUCCUUGUCGGCGAUGGCGGUACUGGAAAGACCACCUUCGUCAAGCGCCACUUGACUGGUGAAUUCGAGAAGAAGUACAUGGCCACUCUCGGUGUCGAAGUCCAUCCCCUUGCCUUCACGACCAACUUCGGUCAACUCAUCUUCGAUGUCUGGGAUACCGCUGGUCAGGAGAAGUUCGGUGGUCUCCGUGACGGGUACUACAUCAACGGCCAGUGCGGUAUCAUCAUGUUCGAUGUCACCUCCCGCAUUACCUACAAGAAUGUCCCGAACUGGCACCGUGACCUGGUCCGCGUCUGCGAGAACAUCCCCAUCGUCCUGUGCGGUAACAAGGUUGAUGUGAAGGAACGCAAGGUCAAGGCCAAGACCAUUACUUUCCACCGCAAGAAGAACCUCCAGUACUACGAUAUCUCGGCCAAGUCCAACUACAACUUCGAGAAGCCGUUCCUGUGGCUUGCCCGCAAGCUUGUCGGCAACCCUGGCUUGGACUUCGUCGCUGCCCCUGCUCUUGCUCCCCCCACCGCCCAAGUCGAUGAGGCUCUGCUCGAGGAGUACCGCAAGGAGAUGGAGACCGCGGCCACCAUGCCCCUGCCUGGCGAGGAUGACGAUGAUGACUUGUAA